AUGGAUCCUGGUUACCCGAAGUUACAGCAAAAGGAGGAGGAACCAAUGCCUAGGAAGGACGAUUUCCAAAGCUUGGUGGGUGCUUUGCUGUACGUUGCGAUCAACACACGGCCUGAUAUUGCAAUCAGUGCGUCCAUCCUGGGUCGCAAGGUGAACAAUCCUUGCCAAGCAGACUGGACGGAGGCCAAACGAGCUCUGCGAUACUUAAAUUCGACUGCAGAGAUGAAAUUGAAACUUGGUGGAGCCGGAAAACUUGAAGCGUACGUUGAUGCUGAUUGGGCCGGAGAUCAUCAAGACCGAAAAUCGAACUCGGGAUUCAUUUUCCAUGUCGGUGGACCUAUUUCGUGGGCUGUUCGGAAGCAGCAGUGCGUGACCCUUUUGUCGACCGAGGCGGAAUAUGCCGCCUUAGCGGAGGCCUGUCGCGUACUGCUAUGGUUACGAAAAUUAAUGAAAGAUAUUGGUGAAGACACCACUGAACCGAUCGUUAUCCGUGAAGAUAACCAAAGCUGCAUGGCAAUGUUGCGAACCGAAGGAGGAAAUCGAAGAACAAAACAUAUCGACACUCGGUAUAAUUUCAUUCGAGACUUGGCAAGCAACAACGUUAUCAAAGUUCAGUACUGCCCUGCUGAAUGUAUGAUCGCUGACGCGUUGACAAAACCGUUGUCGAGAGUAAAAUUGGAAAUCUGUCGGAAGAAGAUGGGACUUCAAUCGUUGCAGCUUGAGGAGGAGUGA